GGGAAGCUUCAUUAGUCGUCAGAGGGAGGCAAGGCUGUGACUCACGCUUGCGUGAAGAGACCAAUGGGCAGCCGGAGAUAUAAAUAACGAAUAAAAGAUAUUCUUCAGGGAGAAAAGGGUCACUUGCGCGCCGCUGGAUGGGAUUGUAUUAGUGCGCUCUGUUGGUACUCCGCCAUCACUGUGGACUGUUGCGUGUCGUGCCUUUGGGUGCUAAUUGUAACAUCUAGUUGUAGUUUCUCUGGACUCGGCAACCUGUGCGCCCGUGAGCUGCUGAAUUACUUCCCAACUGGAGAUCAGAUAACAGAGGACUGAUGGCCGCGUCUGAACCGAGAGCCUCUGGCGGGGACCAGGACCCCAACUCCGCCAAUUUAAGACCUCCAUCCACAACCAACGAAUAUGCGUGGAUGCACGGAUGCACACGGAAACUGGGGAUGAAGAUCUGUGGGUUCCUGCAGAAGAACAACAGCCUGGAGGAGAAAGGGAGGCUCUCGGGCCAGAAGAACCUGCUCUCGUGCGACAACAGCGACAGGGACGCGCGCUUCCGCCUCACGGAGACCGACUUCUCCAACCUGUUCGCCAGAGACCUCCUACCAGCCAAAAAUGGAGAGGAGCCCACCAUCCAGUUUUUGCUGGAGAUAGUUGACAUCCUCACCACUUACGUCAAGAAGACUUUCGACCGCUCCACCAAGGUGCUGGACUUCCACCACCCUCACCAGCUCCUGGAGGGCAUGGAGGGCUUCAACUUGGAGCUGUCCGACCAGCCCGAAUCCCUGGAGCAGAUCCUGGUGGACUGCAGGGACACGCUCAAAUAUGGCGUCCGGACAGGUCACCCUCGAUUCUUCAACCAGUUGUCUUCUGGUCUGGACAUCAUCGGUCUGGCCGGGGAGUGGCUCACCUCCACUGCUAACACCAACAUGUUCACCUAUGAGAUCGCUCCAGUGUUCGUGUUGAUGGAGCAGCUGACUCUGAAGAAGAUGAGAGAGAUGAUUGGUUGGCCCAAUGGAGAGGGAGACGGACUCUUUUCACCAGGGGGCGCUAUUUCCAACAUGUACAGUGUAAUGAUCGCACGGUACAAGUAUUUCCCCGAGGUCAAGACCAAGGGCAUGUCUGCUGCUCCUCGCCUUGUCCUCUUCACGUCUGAACACAGUCACUACUCAAUAAAGAAGGCUGGAGCUGCUCUGGGUUUUGGCAGUGAGAAUGUGAUCCUGCUGAGCACAGACGAGAGGGGGAGAGUCAUUCCUGCCGAUCUGGAGGCCAAGAUCCUCGAUGCUAAACAGAAGGGCUAUGUGCCGUUGUUUGUGAAUGCCACCGCCGGUUCGACCGUGUACGGAGCAUUCGACCCCAUCAACGAGAUCGCUGACAUCUGUGAGAAGUACAACUUGUGGCUCCAUGUCGACGGGGCGUGGGGUGGUGGACUCCUGAUGUCCAGGAAGCAUCGCCACAAGCUCAAUGGAGUUGAGAGGGCCAACUCGGUCACAUGGAACCCGCACAAGAUGAUGGGCGUGCCUCUGCAGUGCUCUGCAAUCCUGGUCAGAGAGAAGGGAAUCCUGGGAGGCUGUAACUCCAUGUGUGCCGGCUACCUGUUCCAACCAGACAAACAGUACGACGUCAACUACGACACGGGGGACAAAGCGAUCCAGUGUGGCAGGCACGUCGACAUCUUUAAGUUCUGGCUCAUGUGGAAGGCCAAGGGCACCAUUGGGUUUGAGCAGCACAUUGACAGGUGUUUGGACCUGUCUCAGUACCUCUACAACAAGAUCAAGAACAGGGAGGGAUAUCAGAUGGUGUUUGAUGGAGUGCCCCAGCACACCAAUGUUUGCUUCUGGUACAUCCCGCCCAGCCUGAGAGGCAUGCCUGACGGUGAAGAGCGGCGAGAAAAGCUCCAUAGGGUGGCACCAAAGAUUAAGGCCAUGAUGAUGGAGUCGGGGACCACCAUGGUGGGCUACCAGCCUCAGGGCAAAAACGUCAACUUCUUCCGUAUGGUCGUCUCCAACCUGGCGGCCACCCAGUCCGACAUCGACUUCCUCAUCGAUGAGAUUGAGAGGCUGGGUCAAGACCUGUAGACCUCUCAGCCAUCGCUGCUUCAGUGGCCAGAGGGCAAAAGCUGUUGUAGUUCCAAGGAAAACGCCACUGGGGUGAAACAUUCACAGCGCUGCAGACAGAAUAAUGAUGAGACAUGAUUUAGGUUCUUUCUAUCCAGUCUUUCUUUGUCUGAAGCGUCCAGACUGUUUCUCCAAGCGAUGACAAGUUUGCUAUGAGAGAGACUUUGAGUGUCUUACUUGCUCGUCCCACAUAGUUCCUCCUCUAGAAAAAAUAUAUAUAAAAGUACUAAGUAUCUGAAGGCUCCAGGUACAACAAACAUGCUCUUGUGUAUGUGUGUGCUGUGGAAUAUUGUAAUGUGUGUGUGUGUGUGUGUGUGUGUGUGUGUGUGUGUGUGUGUGUGUGUGUGUGUGCGUGUGUGUGUGUGUGUGUGUAAAAUCAAGUUAGUUGUCCAAUCUAGUUAGCCUUUUAACGUCUGUAUAUGUGUGCCUGAGUGUGUGUGUGUGUGUGUGUGUGUGUGUGUGUGUGUGUGUGUUUGGUCAAACACUGAAAGGCAGAAAAGCACAGAUGAAAAUAUAACAAACUAUCAUAAAACUAUUCCGCUGUAUCAUACAUUUGCUACGCAAAAUGUAAUCAUUGGUGCUUUCAGCUGUGCAUAUAUUUACCAAACUAAACCAGUGUCCGUGCCCCUGAAGCAGUGUGUGUGUGUUUGUGUGUGUGUGUGUGUGUGUGUGUGUGCAUGCGUGUGUGUGCAAGUGUGCGCGUGGCACAUUUGAGUGUAUCCUGUCAUGUAUUUUAAGCUAGCAUUGUGUUGAAAAUAAGCUUAUUAUGACCUAAUGUGCACACCAUGGUACCAAACGUGUUAAGCUGAGAGGUUUUAGAUAACCUCCAGCAGCUGAUAUAUACAGUCUGCUAUAUUUUCCUCCGUAGAAGUUUAAGAUUUAAAAUGUCCACCGCUCUCCCAAGUCUGUGGCAACUUUUAACUUGUAAAACGCUGGCUCGUUGUCUGUUUCAUGCAAUCAUGUGAUACCCAUGUGUGUUUAUAGCAUUGUGAAAAUAUUAAUAUUUAAUUAUAUAAGAACUCAUAUUUAUUGCAUUUCCACUGUUUGCAGAUUCAGGUAUUUUAUUGUAAAUGUAUCUUUGUGUGUAUUACACGGUAAUGCACUUGUAAAUGUAAUUACAGGAACUAGAGUAAAGUUUAUUUAUAGUGAUUUUGUGAGCCAAAGAAAGCAAAUCGGGAACAGAGCAAUCCAUUGUCCUUCAUAUAGAACUUCUUAUUGAUUAUAGGUGUUUGUAAAAGGUUACCUACUGUAUUAUUGAACCUUGACUGCGAUGCAAUUUCUAUAGUGUGUUUCUUUCUGUGAUUGUGAGUCUUUUUGACCGAAUGUUUUGAGAUAACUGACGGGCCUUCUGAUGAGAUUAAGAAUGAAGUCGAUAUAAUCCUCUGGCAGUUGUGCCAGUCUUUUAUUUUUGAGAAUAGCACAAGGAUGUGAGAAUGUACUGUCCUCUUGAGACUGGGAAGAAAGUAGUGUUGUAUCUGUCUGAAUCCUAAUGCAUUUACUGUAAUAUAGUAUAUAUUAAUUGUAAUACAUAUUACCUGUAUUCUCAGUGUCAUGGGAACUCAAUGGAAUAUCUUGUAUGAAGAGUUCCUGUUUGUGUCUUUGCACAAUGUUCACCUUUAUUUUUUCCAUUAUAAAUGGAUGUGUACUAUGGCAGUAUUCUAUAAGACUUACGUUAACAAAGUAUUUAUGGUAACUAGGGACCAUAUGUGAAUGGCACAAUUGCAAAAAACAUAUUUAAGGUAAUCUGUGUGCUGUAUGUGGCCAACGACUCCUGUGUGUGACCAAUCUGGUUAUUUGAAUAAGCCAGCUGUAAGGGAACGUUUCCCAGGGGGCACUUUACAGAAUCAUACCAUCUCAAAAAAUAUCUUUAAUAAAGUCUAUUAAAGGG